UGUUGAAAAAAGGCGUUAUGAGAAUAUGAAAAUUAGAGAACGCAUGCGACUCUCAAACGUUGGUGAUUACGAAUUGGGUCCUCGUCACUCUCCUAGAAAUUAAUUAUCGAAUUAAAUAACACGUCACAUUUGCAAGAGACUAAAAUGGCAGAGAGUGACGCACAAAAGUUGCAAUUAAUGCAAGAAUUGGAAAUUGAAAUGAUGGCUGACAUGUACAACCGUCUAACUACAGCUUGUCACAAAAAGUGCAUUCCUCCAGUUUAUAACGAUGCGGAAAUUGCCAAAGGCGAGGCAGUUUGCAUUGAUAGAUGUGUUGCAAAGUUUCUUGACAUCCAUGAACGCAUAGGAAAGAAACUUGGCCAACUUUCAAUGCAAGAUGAGCAGCUUCUUAAGAAGUAAUUGGAGGCGCCCUGUAGUUGGAUUUAGUUACGUUUUGAUUUUUUGUUUUUGUUUGUAAUUUAAUUUUGUAAUGUUGGUGUAUUCUAGAGGUAAUAAAACUUGACUAGCCAAGAA